AUUACGCCCGGCAAAAAAGAUAAGAUUUUUACAGAUUCUGCCUCGAUCAAAGCCUCAAUUCAGCAAUGUGGAGCGUCACCGGAGCAUUGACUGUGGCGGUGCCGCCAACCGCCGCAGCCUGUCGUCCGAAACCCUUUCUCGUCUCCUCUUCCUUUCCCAAGCAGACGAAGAAACUCCAUCUCUCUCCGCCGCCUCUGCUUCUAACAUCGCAUUUCUCCUCCUCUUUCAAGAGCGCUGCUACUUCCGUUGAACAACAGUCUGAUAAAAAGGGAGAGAGCACCAAGUACCACUUUUUAGUUGCAAAUGCCAAAUUCAUGCUUGAUGAAGAGGAACACUUUCAGGAGCAAUUGUUCGAACGUCUCCGUUACUACGGUGAGCGUGAAAUAGAGCAAGACUUCUGGCUUGUGAUUGAGCCUAAAUUCCUUGACAAUUUCCCCAAAAUUACUCAAAGGCUCCGUCGUCCUGCAGUUGCUCUUGUUUCCACCAAUGGCCCCUGGAUCACGUUCAUGAAGUUAAGGUUGGACCGUGUUCUGUAUGAUUCCUUUGAAGCUACCUCUCUUGAUGAAGCUUUGGCCUCCAAUCCUACCACUCUUGAGUUCGAUAAGCCUAAAAAUUGGGUGGCGCCAUACCCCAAGUAUGAACCUGGAUGGUGGGAUACUUUCUUGCAUAAAGUUACCCAAGAAUCUGUAGUAUAGAACUUUGCCUUGUGUCUUGUUUUGCAUUCUCCAAUCCAGCUUUGUCUUAGUGCUUUAAAAUUUUGUACUACUGAGCUUAUUAUCCAAGUCUAUAUAUUUCGUAAUGUAGCUCUUACUUUAAA